AUCUCCGAAGCCUACAGCGCUUUGAUGUAAUCGUUCAUGCUCGAUCGCCACACUCUUUCAUGACGAGAACAAAACAAGCGCGCGGAAGAGACAACACCCAGUGGGAUGAUAUUCAAGUUCAAUCAAAACACCAACCACCGGUUCGGGGAGAGGAAGCUGAGAUAGCUCACGGCUGAGCAUCACCGACUGACCUCCCUUGCAUACAAACCACUUCAAAUCGCUGGACUUGGCUCAGUCCUAAUCAGCGGUCAGCAGAGUGUAGUCGGCUUCGGUUCAACCAUACGCAAACAGUACUUUGAUUCGAAAUCCUUAAAAGCUAUUAAGCAGUAAAGAACAAGGAACUAAAACGAGCUAACGUUUCAUUCAUAGUAUAGUAGAUCAGUUUACCGAAAAAAAAGCUUAAGUGGACAACAACCCGAUGGUGCAUUUGUGAAGAAAAAAAAAUCGUACUGUAGCGAAUAAUUUUACCGAACAAGGAAGACAGCAACGUUGCUGAUUUUGUAGCCGCACUUGAACUGCAUUCGUUAUUCUCGGGGCAGAACGUGAGAUUACAUUCUUCGGUGCGCGUGUGCGUUGGUUAGAAUUGAGCUGUUAUCAGCUAAACACGCUAGAGUCCGACCGGUGAUAUUAUCCGCCUGUCGCGCUGCCGAGCACUACAUAAACGGUAGAAACAAUGAGUGACAAGUACUGCCUUAACGGAAACGGGGUGGGUGUCCACGAAACCGGCAAGAUGAUCAACGGAAUCGACGCGAAUGAGAAAAUUGCGGGCGUUUUCUACAGCGCCAAGGAAUCCUCGGGGUACACCUAUGACAUGCUACAGGAAAUCGCUAACCACUUACUGGAUCGUACGAAGCUCCGGCCUAAGAUCGGUAUUAUCUUGGGCACCGGACUGGGUUCCUUGGCUAAUCAGGUGACCGACGCAGAUUACAUUGACUACCAGACGAUUCCACACUUCCCCGUAUCUACAGUGGAAGGUCACGUGGGCCAACUGAUCUUCGGUUAUCUCAAGGGCGUUCCUGUUAUGUGUAUGCAGGGGCGGUUUCACUACUAUGAAGGUUACCCACUUGCGAAGUGCUCAAUGCCAGUACGCGUGAUGAAACUGGUUGGCUGUAGUCAUCUGAUCGCUACCAACGCCGCUGGCGGUAUCAAUCCGAACUAUCAAGUAGGUGAUAUUAUGCUAAUGAAGGAUCACAUCAACAUUAUGGGUUUUGCCGGUAACAACCCUCUGCAAGGUCCAAACGAUUCUCGUUUUGGACCACGAUUCCCUAACAUGCUCAACGCCUAUGACAGCGCACUGCUUAAGAAAGCUAAACAAAUCGGACAAGAUAUUGGUAUGGAGAACAACCUGCACGAAGGGGUGUACAUUUGUUUGGGAGGCCCCAAUUUUGAAACAGUAGCCGAGUUGAAAAUGUUGCGCGUUUGGGGUGUGGACGCCGUUGGGAUGUCCACGGUGCAUGAAAUCACUACCGCUCGACACUGCGGAAUGACUUGCUUUGCGUUCAGCCUGAUCACGAAUCUCUGCAUUCCAGAGUACAACGAAGAGGAAGAGCCCUGCCAUGAAGACAUCGUCGGUAUUGGCCGGAUGCGAGAGUCUACACUGACCGAAUUGGUGCAGCGGAUGGCCAAGCAUAUUCACAUGGAGCUGAAGCAGUGAACGAUGGUUCUCUUCAAAAAGAGUACCGAGAAAGACAAGUGUUGUUGAUUAGGGUAAUUUUUUUAAAUUUCAUCGAAAACUGACAAAUUUUCGUCUAUCUUAUGUCUUUAUGAGUUAGAUUAAGAGAAUGAAUUUUAUUUUAUUUCGUACAACACUACUGUUAAUUGUAAAAUAAUAUACGUAACGUAUUUACACCGAAGAAUAUAUUAUUAUUAUGUACGAAAA